AUGGCAGACCCCGACCCCUCCAAAUGGAGAAUCAAGCGCGACCCAAGCAUAAAAGCUCGCACCUCGACACCAAAACCCAACCCUCUGAGCACCAACCCAGGUGUCCAGAACUUCGACGUCAGCGAUCAAGAUCACUUCACCAGCGAUGGUGUUGGAGACGAGUCAACCUGGCCCCCUCAACACAAGAAAGCCCGCGUCCGUGACGCGGAGUUUUUGAGAUUGUUAACCGAGGCGUACAAUAAGCGUGCAGAUUUACUUGGGGAGUGGAGCGGCCAACCCGUCAACUUCGAAGGCGAGCCACCAAAGGGCUACGCUUUGUUCAAAGCAGCCGACUUGACCAUCCACGGCCAUCCCAGCGGCAAAGCUUACAGAUCGAUCAAGCUGUUCAUUGAUCAUCUGCAUGCCAUCAUGACGGAGAACGUGGGCAAUUGUCGCUGUGUGCUGUGUCGACAGGAGAGGUAG